GCGGAGCACCCUCUGCAGCCGACGAAGAGUUUCGAGGAAAACUGGCGACAGAAUCAAAUGAUUGGACGAAGGGCAAGCUCACAGGCACUCGAAGUACUUGUCUCAAGAGUCCAAAGAAACCCCGCGCUGAUCUCUCAGGAACUCCGAAACCAGUUCACCCGAACGAUGUCAGAAGCCUCAUCGGCACGCCAGACGAUUGGACCGAUCGAAACGACGAUGCGCGAAAAAUUGACGGCCCAGUUGAACCCGGUUGUUUUGGAUAUCGCCAAUGACUCGCAUUUGCACAGGCACCAUGCAGCCAUGAAAUCGAUUGGUGGUGGAUCGGGAGAGACGCAUUUUUCGGUCAAAGUGGUGUCAGAUCAAUUUGUCGGAAAACCAACGAUUGCUCGUCAUCGACUGGUCUAUCAGAUCCUUGACGUCGAGUUGACAAAAAAUACUGCUGGAAUUCAUGCCCUGAGUCUCAAAACCCUCACCUCUGAAGAACACGAAAAAGCUCCUUAGACUCAAAACUCAAGCAAAAUGUAUACCACACAUUUGGUCCCAUUGGUCAGUUUGUCAAGCGGAAGGUUUCUUGGAAUUUUCAGCAUGGAUUAUUUGUACUUCUUACCUGCACGCGCCUUAUUUGCUCCCAUCCUUAUGAUUUAGCCUUGAACAGGCUAAAGACUUGUUUUCGUCCUUUUUUUGAAAAAGCGACAACUUGCUCAUAACGCUACUUUUCCAUCAGAGUCGUCUGAUCACUUUUCCGCUUCAAGCAAGAAUGAUUUUGAGCUUG